AUGCCAGAGCAAGGAUUAAAAAGACUUAGAAAAGAACCUACUUACUUAAGCGUAUAUGAUGUAACUGUUUCAACUGCAGCCGACCAACAGACCAAUAACUGUUUAAGUGAUGAUGAUUCAAAUAAAAAAGAAUAUUGGAAAUUAAAUGCCUUCUAUGUAAUCAUGGACUCAAUAAUUAGCAGUUUGAAAGAUUUUCUGAAGAAAGUUUAA